AUGGCGCAGACGAAGGACAGCGUGCUCGCCCUUCUAAAGGACAAUGGCGUGGAGUUUGAGCUCUUUGAGCACGAGCCAGUUUUGACAUGCGAGGCCCAGGCCUCUGCGCUCGCCAAUGUGGAAGGCAAGGUCACGAAGAACCUGUUUUUGCGGGACAAGAAGAAGCGAACGUACGUCGUGACUGCGCUCGCCGACACGCCCGUCAACCUCAAAAGUGAGACCACGGCGGUCCUCUCGGGCCGCCUCGGCCUCGGCAGCGGCAACAUCACGCUCGCGCCAGAGGAGGCCCUGGGGGAGACCCUGCGGGUGGCGCCCGGCAGCGUGACGCCCCUGGCCCUCGCAAACGCGGACAGCACGCGCCACACGCUGCUGCUGCUGGACGGGAAGCUGCGGGGGAGCGGGAAGUUCUUCGUGCACCCCAUCGUGAACAGCGCGAGCGUGCUGCUUGACGCGGACGGGCUCGAGGCGUUCCUCAGGCGCGGGGCGGAACAGCAGCGGGGACACCCGGAGCAACUCCCUGCGGCUGCUGUUGUGAUUGAAUGGGCAGCUGCGGCCGCGGCCGCGGCCGCAGCGACGGGCGGCGGGGCGCUCGCUGCGGGCACCCAGGGUUUGGGGUUUCCGGUGCUUGACGGCCGCCGUGCGGCGGCCAUCAACCGGGAGCCGAUCUGGGUAGAUCUGGAGGCGGAGGUCAAGAUCUCUCACGACAGCCCGCCAGAUCUGAAGCAGUAUGUGGACGCGGUCCCGCCGCCACCCAAGGCCGCUGAUGCGGCAGCCGCGGCGGCGAGCAGCAGCGGCGGCGGCGCGGCGGCGGCGGCCGCGCCGGCGGGCGGCGGCGGGGGCGGCAAGGGCGAGGUGGGCGCCGGCGGCAAGCAGCAGCACCACCACAAGCGCGGACACGGGCAUGGGCACGGCCACGGCCACGGCGGCCACCCCGCAAAAGUGCCGGAUGGGGUGCGUCACGUGCAGCUGACUGAUGUUGAGUCACGCGCCGACGAGCUCAUCGCCCUCGUCACCGCGGCGCUGCUCGGCAAGCCCCCCGCCGACGCGGCGGCCGCGGCGGGCGGCAGCGCGGCGGACGGGGCGUACCUGCUGGGGCGCCUCAAGGCUGACGUUGAGGUGGCGCUUGGGGGGCUGAAGAACGCGGCCUACACGGCGGGGUACACCGCGGGCAAGGGGGAGAUCGUGGCGGCGGCGACGCGGCAGUAUGCGUGA